AUGACAGAUUUUCCUCCUGGUUCUAAUUUAUUAACCAAUGGAGACUCAGAGCAUUGGCUCUGUUUGGAUCGUUCUGCGGACAAAUCUUUAAACGAUUGUCAUGCCAAAGUAUCUCCACUUCUGGAUAUUGGAAAUCAGACUGAAUCUGAAAAUGGCGAGACUACUUCAGAUAACGGUUGGGAAUUUAUCGGCGAAGACCUUAAAAUUGACAUACCCGAUGAGCAUACCAAACGAUUGGCAAGCUUAUUUCCGGGCGUGAAAGAAUUUCCGCAUGCUGCUUCAGUAUACGGAGGUGAAUGUACUAUGUGCAGAAGUCAACUUACUCUUGAUGAUGCCACCUUGGACUUCUACGAUGGGAACUUCUACUGCUCCAACUGUCACCAGGAACAAGAAGCCGUUAUCCCUAGAGAUGUCAUUGAAUGCUGGGAUUUCUCCCUCAAACCCGUGUCUUUCGCCUCGAAAAAGUUCCUUGAUUCUGUUGCUCCCUACCCUCUAUUAAAUAUUGCUCUGAUCAAUCCAUCCCUUUUCACCUGUGUGCCUGAAAUGGCCUCCCUUCGACGGUUAAGACGAACCCUCUCCCUCUUGUGGUCCCUUAUUUCACGGUGCUCGAGAGAAGCUUCCAACAAUAUGACCAAAUUCCUCAAACAUCGAAGUUAUAUGCUAGAUAGUGUAGCCAAUAUUGACAAGUAUUCCAUUCGAGAUCUGUUGGAUGCUCCAAAUGGAGCUCUCGAGGAGGUGAUUCAGACGGCUGUUGACAAAUUCGCCAUGACUCAUGUGAAUUCCUAGAUCAAUCUCAACCAAUAUGGCCCUAUGCGUUUGCUAAUUUUAGGAGAGUAA